AUGUCUUCACUUUGGGGCACGAGGAACAAGAAAGACGACGACAAUGCUCCGGAGGGACCCCCUGAGGAGAGGGUGUCGAGUGAGUACACGGUGCGGGAACCCGAUGAACACACGCGCCUGCUUCCGAACAGACUCGACAGCGACAACCGGCAGUACUUGACGCCUGAUGACCCGGCAGUGUCACCGUACAACCUCUGGACUGUGCGAGUGAUGCGCUGGAUGACAGUGCUUUUCACAGCUCUUACCUUUACGUGGUGGACUCUUACCUUGGUGUCCGCCUUCGUCACGCCGCCUGGCAUGCACACCCGCGGUUCGGGCUUCUAUGCUUUCAGCUACUCGAGUCUGGCACUUUUCACCCUUCUGUUCACACUCGUGUUCUUUGGCGCGCCAUCGAAGGCCGUCCGGAUCUUGUCCAUCUUCAUGGCCGUCAUGUUGUUCGUCGAUAUGAUUCUCAUCGUUGCGGUGCAGAAGAACCGCUACGAAGAGACGGGCGUUGGGGUCGCAAGUGUCGUCUGUAAGUCAGAGCCCAUACCCAAGACACACCCAUUUACUAACGAGUCGAUAUCAGGGGCUUUCCUUACGAGCUUGUGGGCGCUGGCAUGCGACCGGACCGUGAAAUGGGGCAAAGCCGAAGAAGAGGAGCGCUUGACCGGCCGAGUCGAGACCAGGCGCACCGUUUGGGAAUGGACCGAGGUGCUUAUCUCCACCAUUGCCUAUGUGAUCCUCUCCGUGGUUAUCGUGUUGAUCACCGCCACUCUCAUCCUCCGAUCUCUAGAUGCUGGGUAUGGGCCGCCGGGUGAGCAGUACUGGGUGGAUGGUGACCAGUACCGAAUUCACGUUUACUGCGACGGCAACGGCACCGAUGCUGCAGGGACCAAGCUGCCUACUGUUCUUUUCGAGGGCGGCGACCUGCCAGUCGAGAACGGACUUUGGCAAUUUGCGCAAAAUGCUCUGAAGAAUGGUUCCAUUUCAAGAUACUGCUUUGCCGACCGUCCAGGUUAUGGAUGGAGUGACACUGCGCCUAGUCCGCUCUCGGCCGGCAUGGCUACUGACGCGCUGAGCGAGGCUCUCGCACGAGCGGGCGAACAUGGCCCCUGGGUACUGGCAAGCGCCGGCAUUGGUUCCGUAUACUCACAGAUCUUCUCUUCCCGACACGGCAGAGAGGUCAAUGGUCUCCUUCUGAUUGAUCCUCUCCACGAAGACCUCCUCGGUCGGGUCUCGGACCCCGGGCGAGGAUUCAUGUACUGGCUGCGGGGCGUCCUUUCACCUCUGGGACUUGAACGUCUGCCAGGCGCCAUCUUCAAAGGACGUACCAGUGCAGACCGUGUCUGGGGCCGUUCUGCUAGACAGAAUGGCAAGUAUUUGUUCACGAAGUUGCAAGAGAGUCUCGUGGCCGACACGCUCACCAAGCGUGAGGUGAUCAGCAGCAAGGCGAUUCAAUACCCGGAUGCGCCUCUGGUGCUAAUCACUUCUGGCGAGAACGUUCGAAAGGACAGCGAAUGGGAGGACAAGCAGAGGGACUUCAGCCAUUUGACGAGGAAUUUGAAGCAUUGGGAUAUCGUCGACAAGGCGCCUCACAAUGUGUGGGAGACGCUUGAUGGUCGCCAGAAGAUCGAAAAGAGGCUUCGCCAAAUGGUCCGUGCAUGA